UCAGAAAUGAAAGAGUUAUCUUUUUUACCAAAUUUAUAUAAAUAUUUUGUUGAACAAAGAUUUAAUCUGUUUUGCACUAACCAAGAUAUACCCACAACUUGUCGUCUCAAAGCAGAUUUUUUACAAAUCUGUAUUGAUACAUAUGAGAAAGUCGCUCUAAAUUUGUUAUUAAAAGAUGAUGAUUUUUUGCUCGAUUUAAAAAUAGAUGAGUCAAAAGAUUGCGUUUUCGACUGGCUUGGAUUUUUCUCAGAAACCGAAGACCACGAAGAUUCGGUAAGAAAACGAUUUAUACACAUUUCUUUAUUUGAAUAUUUUGCAGCACAUUAUUUUGCAAAGUUUGUCAAAAAAAAUUCGUCGACAGUUAUUAAUGCUUUAUCUAAAUAUAUUUUUAAAAAACGUUAUACAAAUAUUAGACGUUUUCUCGAUUUGCUUUUAGCAGAAAACUCAACAGCUCAUAUUGCUGUUUUAUACAAUAAUUUGGAAGUUUUAAAAAAAUCCUCAAAGGACCAGAUCCUAAAAGAAAAAGAUUAUGCAGGAAGAAAUGUGUUACAGGUGGCUUGUUCUUGGGGGGAACGUUAUCCAGUUUUGGAGACUAAAACAACGAGUCCUUUGAAACGUUUAUUGACUUUUAAGCCUAUAAAAGAGUGUUAUAUGUUAAAUGACGAAAUUACGUCCUCGAUUAAAGAAGAGAGUGCAGAGCACAUAGAACUGCUGGAAUACUUAUUAACAUUUUAUGAUGUUAAAGAAGCCGAAGAUUCUUUGGAAUACGCUAAAAAAUGUCACUGUUUGCACACAGUUGCUCUGAUAGAUAAAGAAAAGAAAAUCGGUUAUAUAAAUAAUCAAAGUAGUGAUGUUCAAUGCAGUCUGUUGUAUUAUGCCGUAAGAGUUGGUUACCCUUGGAUGUUUGAUUUGUUCGAAGAUGUAAAAUAUAUAGAAACAAGGACUGGCAGUUUAUUGAAUCUGGCAGUGGAAAAUAAUCAAUAUGAUUGCUUGCUGAAAUUACUAUCUGUAACAAAAUACAAGGCAGUAAUAAAUUAUGGUAGAAAUGGUGUGACGCCACUUUUUUUGGCAACGAGUUAUGGGAAUAUUAAUAUGACAACAGUUUUAUUGGACCACGUCGCAGUAACAGGAAAAGCGAGAGAGACGUAUCGUGAGAUAACGUCCAUAGCCAAUGAAUGUAAAUGGAAUUCACUACACCUAGCGUGUUUUUAUGGACAUGAUCAAGUAGUUAAGCAAUUACUGAAAAACAAAAAUAUUAAAAUUGAUCUAACCGAUAAAGAAGGAUUUACUCCACUACACAUCGCCUGUGAAAAAGGGUACCACAAAAUUGUAAAACUCUUAAUCGCUGCACCGAUAGAUGUCAAUUCUCAUAUUAAGGACAAGUCUAACGCAAUCGAAGCUCGUACUUCUAAAAAUUCCACAGCCCUUUAUUUAGCAUCCAUGAAAGGUCACGCUGAAAUUGUAAAGUUAUUGAUUAAGAAAGAGGUAGAUUUAAACGCCGUCUGUGAGAGAGGUUUCACAGCUCUUCACAUUGCUUCUCAAAAUGGCCGAGAUAAGGUUGUCAAAUUGUUAAUUGAAGCAAAUGUUAAUGUAAACGCUACUAAUGAACAAGGAUGGACAGCUUUACAUGCAGCAGCUAAAAAUGGCCACAGUAAAAUUGUAGAGUUGUUAAUUAAUUCAGGUUGUAACGUUAAUGCCACCACACAGAAUAACAUGACCCCUCUUCAGUUAGCUUCUAGUAAAAACCAUUCCAAAGUCGGCAAUUUGCUAUAUAACUCUCAGUUGACAUCAAGCUAUGCAAGUUGUACCCCUUACGAUCUUUCAGUGAUGCUGUUUUUUAUUUAAUUUGAACCUUAAACACUAUUUUUCUUUUCUAAAAGGUCUAAAUAUUUUUCAAUUAUUGUUUAGUCCACUUUUUCUAGAACUUGAACAAUGUUUUUCUUGAAUUUAAACAACUUAAACUGACUCCUUUCAAUAUAUACUUUAUUUUUCUAAAUGCUCAUAUAUGUAUUUCCCAUAAAGCUAUAAUCUGUUUAAUGAAGCCAAGUUUAGUCAACACAUGAGCUUAUUCUGUUGUAAUUAUUGUUGUUUUUAAUGUCUUCGUACGUAUGUACAAAGUGUUGGAAUACUUCAAGCUACCCACCAAAGUGUCCCAAAUAUUACCUUUUCCAAAAGAAAAACUUUUAGAGUUGUGGUCUAAAAGAAUGGAUGGAGCAUUUCUUCUUUCUAUCUACAUAUGCGAAAAGUGAAAAUAUUAUUAUUUCAAUUGAAUCUCAUGUUAAAACGGAUGCUGGAAGACACCUUAGCGUAGAAGUACUUACCUACUUCUCACUGAAAGUCUUCUAAAAUAAUGCCGUGAUCAACACUUCCCAAUGAUAAACUUUUUUAUUAAUCAUCAUCAUGAAAUUGUUUAACUUCUCCUAUCUGGGUUAGGCAGUAAUCUUUAGCUGCUGAAAUAAGUUAACAAUUUCUUUUAUCUUUUAUUUAUUGACCUAUAAACCAACUGAUAUUUUAUAUUAUAGCAAUAAAAUGAUAAUGAAAGAACUACCUUAGUAUAAGACAGACGCACGUUGAGUGAGAGAGUGUGGUGUUUUAUAGCUCCGAAUUUUUGUGGAUUACUGGAGUUCAAAAAAGUGUGAUUAAUGUAUGGUUGAUUAUCUAACUAGAGCCACAUUGGUUCUGCAAGCAGGUAAUAUUUUCUUCUUGUGGCCACAAAGUGUAAGAAACAUAUUUGGUUGUACAUAACUGUACGAUUGGUACUGAACAUUCAACAGCAGUGAUAAUACAGUUAUCAGUUUUUUCGUAGCUGCAGUUGUACUUAUCACAUCGUACUUUUUGUUCUUUUUUAAUUCGGCAAUUCCUUUUGUCAUUCUACAUACACCCUACCGAGGUCUUCCCUGUCUGUGUCAGAAGUAAGUCAUCUUGAUCGACCUCAAGGUGUGAAGUUGAGUGUCUUCGUUAUUUCUGUCCCCUGCCGAUUUAUGCAACAAUAAUGAACAACUGUGCGAAUUGUACUGGUCCUAUUAAAGAAAAUACUAACUAUAUUAACUGUGAUGCCUGUCAAAGAUUUUUGCAUAUGAACUAUGUAGGACUUAAUGAACAUGACGUUAAAUUGACUCGUGCUAAAUCCAAAGUUGUAAAAGUUGUUUGUAAUUCUUGUCACACUAAUAUACGUCAACUCAAAGAUCUUAAAACUCCAAUAACCGCGUUUCCAGAGCAAAUAACUGCUAAUAUUAAUAAAAUCAAAGACGAUAGUCAAACUCCAAUCAGUCAACUGAAAUCCAGCUUGCCGACUGUUCAACCCAAAGAUGUGCAAUUUGAAGAUGUUAUUCAGGAAUUCACUGAACGGCAAAAGAGAAAAGUUAAUUUAAUAAUUUUCGGUGUUGAUGAAGAAUGUCAAGACUAUAUCAGUGACAGCGACCCUAAGGAGCAAUUAAUCGUUAGACUGUUUGAGAAUGAUAAGUCUUCCCUUAAUAAUAUACUUUCCACAAUUGAUCUCAAUUAUAAUAAUGUAGAUUUAAAUAUCCAGCACCUUGGUCGAUUUGUGAAGGGCAGUCUUCGGCCCAGGUCUGUAAGAGUUACACUAAAUAGCGAGUUAGACGUACUAAACUUGUUACGUAAUGCUAAAGUCCUAAAAACAACGUGUGUUACAAAAAUGUAUCUCUCUCUUUGGACGACACACCUCGACAAAUAUCUUACUACAAACAACUUUUAACGAGGAGCUAGCUGCCCGUACAAAAAACGGGGAAGUUUCCUUGAUUAAAAAGAGUCCGUUUUGACGACGACAGUUUGCACUACAAGACUACUACAGGAUAAUAUAAUGCUAAUUUUACGAUCAUAUUAAAAUAUUACCGUCGCAAGUUUUUCCUUUUUGUCAAAAUUAUAACUCCUUUAUUACAAAUUUGUUCUGUUCAAUGCAGAAAACAUGACAUUUUAUAAGUAAUGGAUGAUUGUAAUGUUUUAAUUUUCAAAGAUAGUUUAUUUCCGGCCACGAUUGGGAAUUAUAGAUGCGAGUUAUUUUUUCAGGGCUUUUCAAUUAUUUUAUUUAGUUUGUUUAAUGGUGCUAGCUAUAAGACUAAUGGUGCUAGUUGGUGCUAGUUGGUGCUAGCUCUAAACUAUUAUGUAUUAAAUUGUUGUUUUAUACAUUAAUAAGAUCUAAGUUAGAA